AUGGCUGCUCCUCCUGGAGGUUCUUUCGCCGGCGCAGUCGUGGCGUUGUUGCGACUGUCUCGGACAUCGCUUCUGAGAGAAGGAGGAGGAAAUGGAGCGAGAGGUUUCUCUUCAUCCUCUCUUCAUCUUCUGAGGGAACAACAACAACAACAAGAAGAAGAAGAAGACAAAGAAUUUGGUGGUGGUGGUGAGUUCACCAAAUCGAACGAAGAAGAGAGACGAAACUCCGCCGCAGAUUCGUCAUCAUCGUCUGAUACUAAUACUAAUAAUAAAAUACUACGACUGAUCGCGCAUGACCGAGAAAAAGCCGGACGACUCUCGGCGAACAGAGCGCGCAAAGACGGUUUUAUCCCGUGCGCGGUAUUUAAGCAAGGAGAAAUAGAAAAGACGAGCGAAGUGUGCGCGGUGAGCGAGAGAGAGGUGGAGAAACUUUUGCGAAAGUUUACGAAAUAUGGUUUGAGAACGAAACUUAUCGAUAUCGUUUUGGACGAUGGGAAACGGACGGUUAAAGCGAUUCCGCAGCAAAUACAAAUGCACGCGUAUAAGAAUCAGGUGAAUAAUAUCACGUUCAUGCGAGUUGAUCCGGAGACGAUUGUAAAAGUACCGAUACCGGUGAAAGUGACGGGACAGGAUGACUGUCCGGGGACCAAGCUAGGCGCGUUUGUGAGUCACACGAGGAAGACGAUCAAGGUGAAAUGUCGGAGCGAUCAGAUUCCAGAGGCGUUUUUCGUGGACGUAUCGAACAUGAACGUGAAAGAUAACGUUAAGAUUGCCAAUUUAGAUAUUCCAGAAGGAGUUGUGAUUUGCGAACACGACUUGGAAACGCCUAUCGUGAAGAUGGCAGGAAAAUUGAAGAAAUCUUAA